AUGGCUGACGGUCGAUCUUCUGCAUCAGUUGUGGCUGUUGACCCGGAAAAGGCAGCACGUGAACGAGAUGCAGCGGCCCGUGCACUUCUCCAGGAUGGCCCAGUGCAAUCACUUAUGCAGUACAUGACCAAGGGACUUGAACUUACAGUGCCAUACACACUUAAAGUUGUAGUGGAUGCUGAUAAGUUGGGUCGCGCAAAAGAGGUGGCAGAUCAAGUCCUGCUGUCCGCUUGGAGCCUUGCCGAUACUGUACUAAAUAACUAUAAUCCCAAUAGUGAGGUCUCACAUAUUGGAAAGCUCCCAGUGGGACAACAACACACCAUGUCAGCCCCUCUUAAACGUGUUUUGGCAUGUUGUCAGCGUGUUUUUAACUCAUCAGGUGGUAGUUUUGACCCUGCCGUUGCUCCUAUUCUCGAUGUGCUGCGCGCAGCUCUCAAGCCAGGCGCACCAGUACCACAAGAAGAGCUAAAGUCUCUCAUGAGUGUUUGCACCAUGCCAAACAGUUUCCUUAUUGACAUGGAUGCAGGUACUAUUGCACGUAAACACGAUAAGGCUCGCAUGGAUCUCGGUGGUGUGAGUAAGGGUUACAUUGUUGACUAUGUGGUGGAAAAGCUUAACGCUGCAGGGUAUGAUAAUGUCUUUUUUGAGUGGGGAGGUGACUGCCGUGCGAGUGGUACCAAUGCCCGCAAUACACCGUGGAUGGUUGGUAUUGUUCGUCCUCCAUCACUUGAAGAACUAAAGAAUCCCCCACAAGACCCACCUUUUAUUCGUGUGAUUGCCCUUGAUAAUGAGGCAUUGGCUACAAGUGGGGACUACGAGAACUUAACAGAAGGACCACAACAACGACUCUACACUUCUAUCUUUGACUGGAAAACACGUUCCCUUUUAAUGCCAUCACAAACUGAACUCGCUCAAGUUUCCGUUAAGUGUUACAGCGCUAUGUAUGCCGAUGCGCUAGCCACAGCAAGUCUCAUCCAACGUGACCCAGUAAAAGUGAGGUACAUGCUGGACCGCUGGCGCUACGUUCGUGACACCGUAAAGGAUUAUACAGCUUAUAUUCGAGAAAACGAAUGUGUUGCACGAAUGUUUGAAGUUGCAACAGAAAGUGCAGAAAUGCGUAAAAACCGUAUUGCUGGUUCAUUACCUGCUCGUGUUAUUGUUGUUGGUGGAGGACUUGCUGGUCAAUCUGCUGCAAUUGAGGCUGCAAACUGUGGUGCUCAAGUAUUCCUCAUCGAAAAAGAAUCCAAACUUGGUGGUAAUAGUGCCAAAGCUACAUCUGGUAUUAAUGCCUGGGGUACUCGGGCGCAAGCAAAGGCAAGUAUCAUGGAUGGAGGAAAGUACUUUGAGCGAGACACCUUCAAGUCAGGUAUAGGUGGUAACACAGAUCCUAGUCUUGUUAAGGUGUUAUCGGUGAAAAGUGCAGAUGCCAUUCGUUGGUUGACGUGUCUUGGUGUUCCAUUGACAGUA